ACGAUACAGGAUUGUUUCACGGACUAGCUGACUUGGGGCAAGAUGGAACCAGACCAGAAGAGACAGAUCUAUUUAACCUUUAAGAGAAAGUGUUUCUAGCUCCCGGAACAUGAAGCUCAUGUUGCCCAAAACUUCGAGAAGAAAGUAGGGCCAUUUUGCUAAAGGGUGCAUUAGGAAGGGUUCGUGAAGAGCAAGUGAAGCCUGAUUGGAUCCGUCCUGAGGCCUAUAACAAGCUAUUGCGGUACUGGGCGUCUGAUGAAUUUAAGAAACAAAGUGAAACAGGGAAAAAGGCCAGAAAUUCUACGAAGGGUGGCUCCCUGCAUACUAGUGGGGCUAAUUAAGAGCCAAGCGGCCGUGAGGAAGGAGCUGGAACUCAAAGAAAAGAGGAUAUUGCCUCAAGAUGAGGCAUUCAGAAUCACUCACGUGAAGCAGAAGAAAAACAGUGAACAGCCAGACGAAUGGGUUGAGGAACGGGCUAAGCAGUCCUACAUUCAAUUUCAACAAUCACGGGCUGAGUUAUGCAGUAGUCUGCCACCUGGAACAGAGCCUACAGAUGAACAAUUGAAUUAAUUGUGGAUUGCGACAGUUGGUGGCCCCACUAGGUUUGGCACAACUUAUGGAAUGGCAAAUAGAGCAUUUCGUAAAUUCCAAUCGCCUCUGCAAGGCAUAGGUUCUUCCAAUGAUGUCGGGUCGUCAGACAGAGCGAGUGUUAUGGCCAUGGAGCAGAAGAUUAUUGAGCUAUCUAUCCAGUUACAGGCUUCGGAGGCUAGGGAGAGGCGGAGGGACGAGCAGCUACAGGCUGCGGAGGAUAGGGGGAGACAGAGGGAUGAGCAAUUUGCGGGUAUGAAAGCUCAAUUAGACUUAUUACUUUCUUUGAGGGGGAUUCCCCCUAGUCCUGAUGAUGCUUGUAGCUCCAAGCGUCGACCUCCCCAUUCUCAAUCUAGUUCACGACAUCGAGAUGUUGGUCAAGAACAUGGACUUGUAGAUGA